UUGGGAUCAAGAAAGCUUUGGUGUUUUACGUCGGAAAAGCACCAAAAGGUAACAAAACUAAUUGGAUCAUGCAUGAGUAUCGUCUCAUCGAACCCUCUCGUAAAUAUGGAAGCACCAAGCUUGAUGAUUGGGUUUUAUGUCGUAUAUACAAGAAGCAAUCAAGCGCACAAAAACAGGUUUAUAGUAAUCUAAUGACGAGUGGUAGAGAAUACAGCAACAAUGAUUCGUCCACGUCAUCUUCGUCUCAUCAAUACAACGAUGUUCUCGAGUCGUUACAUGAGAUAGAUAACAGAAGUUUGGGGUUUGAAGCCGGUUCAUCAAACGCAUUUAGACCGAGUUUAACCGAACAGAAAACCGGGUUUCAAAAUUUAGCUAGGGAGCCAAGCUUUGGGUGGGCGAAUAUUGGUGGACAUAACUCGGUCCCGGAACUUAGACCGAUUCAUAACGUUUCAAGCCUCCGUUACGGAGACGGUGGUGGUUAUUUUCAAGGUGUAAAGACAAAUGAAGAAGACGACAAGAAGCAGCAAGAAGCUGAGGGGAUUCCUCGGUUUAAUAACUCGGGUGUGUUGCCUAGUGAUCAGAGUUUCAGUGUUAACCCGGUUAAUGGAUUCAGAUUCUCGGAUCAACAGCAUGAUGGUUUCGGAUUUAUUUAAAUGUGUAAUGGUGACAUACUAAUAAAAAGAAACAUAAUUGUAUUUUUGUGUAUCAGAUUGAUUAGGUAAAAUAGUGUAGAAAAUUGUAAUUAUUUGGGGGUUAGGCUUAGGUUCCACUUGCAUAUCAUUCGUCCUCAAGGGUACAUUUUUGCAAACUUUUGAUUUGCUAUAAAUCAGGUUACGA